AUGUUGUCAGAUGAACAAAGAGAAGCUUAUGUAGAUUAUACUAUUUUAAAUUUAAAAAAAUUCCCCGACUUUCAUGGACUGGGUACAACGCUACAUUUCAGAAUUUUUAUUAAAAUUGAAAUAUUUAAAUUUAAGUUCAAAACUAUAAAAGAAAUGAAAGCAAAUAAAGAUUUUGACAUCGCUGCACUGUUACAUCGACAAGCCUGGGACGAAGGUGGGGCACACCGCGGCCCACAAUUUUUGGUAUUUCAUAGAGAAAAGCUUAAAUUCAUUGGAAGUACAAAUUCUACUGGACAAGUUAUUGAUGGGCCUUUUUCACCUUGGGAAACAUUAAUGAAUACAGAUUAUAUUCAAAGAGACGUAGGUAGGCAUGGAAGCUGCUACAAAGAAGAAUAG